CAAUAAGCUGCUGGAUAAGCUUUUUCUUCUCCAUUCUCACUUCCUCAUCCGACGAAAUCCUCCAUUUCAAUGGCAGCAGCAUCAGCACUGUCAUCUCUCUCUUCUCUCUCCCUACACAGCAGAACCUCCUCUCGCAUCAUCUCCUCGAAACCCAUCGUCUCGUUCUCCACCUUCCUCAAGCGCUCCUCGACGCACACUCUCGUCAAGGCCUCCUCCUCCUCAGACCAAAUCGAGACCUUCUUCUUCGAGGAUGAAAACCCGGAGAUAACAGCCAACGCCGUCUUCGACCCGCCUUCUGCUCCGGAGGGUUUCAUCCCGCCGCCGUAUUUCGACGAAGGAGCGGACGAGACGGAGGCUGAGAUCGCUACGGCGUACGAGGAGCUGUACGGCCCGGCGUAUAGCGGAGAGAGCUUGCUGGGAAAAGACGUUAAUGUGAUGGAUUCGAAGCUCAAGAAGAGUGGGGGAGGUAUUGGUAAGCCGAAGAAGGAUAAGAUCCGUGAUGGGUUCGAGGAGAGAGUUGUGCAAGUUAGGAGAGUGACCAAGGUCGUUAAAGGAGGCAAGCAAUUGAAAUUCAGAGCGAUUGUUGUUGUAGGAGACAAACAAGGGAAUGUCGGUGUUGGUUGUGCUAAGGCCAAGGAAGUUGUCGCUGCUGUUCAGAAAUCCGCCAUUGAUGCUAGGCGUAACAUUGUUCAAGUCCCUAUGACUAAGUAUCUCACUUUCCCCCACAGAUCAGAGGGAGAUUACGGAGCAGCCAAGGUGAUGCUUAGACCAGCUUCACCAGGUACUGGUGUGAUUGCUGGAGGAGCGGUUAGGAUCGUGCUAGAGAUGGCAGGAGUUGAGAACGCGUUGGGGAAACAGCUCGGAAGCAACAAUGCUCUCAACAACGCAAGAGCCACUCUUGCAGCAGUGCAACAGAUGAGACAGUUCCGCGAUGUUGCUCUUGAGCGUGGUAUCCCCAUGGAAGAACUCUGGAAGUGAAGAAACAAAACUCAUCUCUUCCUUUUUUUUUUAACAUUUUCACCCUCUUUUCUUUCUUUCCAAUGUCGAAAAGAGAUUCUUGUAUAAUCAAGAGGUGUGCUUGUAAUUCAUGAGAACAAAAGAAAAAUGUUUAUUUUGAAAAUAG